AUGGAGCUCCAGUUCCAGCAGCAGCAGCAGCAGCAAUGCCAGUACGAGGCGGCGGUGGGCAAGGCGGCGGCGGCGGCGGCGAAGGGGAGGGGCAGCAGCAAGUGCAAGUUCGUCGGGGUGCGGCAGCGGCCGUCGGGGCGGUGGGUGGCGGAGAUCAAGGACACCACGCACAAGAUACGGGUGUGGCUCGGCACCUUCGAGACCGCCGAGGAGGCCGCGCGCGCCUACGACGAGGCCGCCUGCCUCCUCCGGGGCUCCAACACGCGGACCAACUUCGCCACCGCCGCCCCCGCCGCCGCCUCCUCGCCGCCGGACUCGCCGCUCGCCUCCAGGAUCCGCACCCUGCUCACCCACAAGAAGCUCAAGAAGAGCGCCUCGCCGCCGCCGCCGCGGGCGCCGUCCCAGCAGCCGGCUGUCACCAUCAGCCUCGCCACGGCAGCUAGUAAUGCCAGCGCCGGUAACAGCACCAGCAGCACCAGCUCGACCAUCAGCUUCGCCAUGAGCGCCGGUGGAGCCGCCGCCCACCACACUCCCGCUCCCGGCCUCUCUAACCACAUGACUUACCACCAGUGGAUCAACCACGGAGGCGAACAGCUCCAUCAGCACCUCGAGCAUCAGCCAUGGCCGGCAACGCUCAGCCCGGCUGCCCCGACGCUCGCCGCGCGACGCAACGUGGCCGAGUGCCGGGUGAUCGCGGACGCGGCGAGGCCGGAGAAGCAAGAGGACUCCGCGUCGCCCGGCGCCGCCAUGAGCGGGGUCGUCCAGCAGGAACAGGACGACGGGUUCGACAUCGGGAGCGACCCCUGCGACUCGCUGUGGGAUCUGCCGCCGAUCUGUCAGCUGUCCUGCAGGUCUCUCAUGUACUAGACCAGUCGAAGGUUUCGCCGGCGGCGAGAUCUCAUCAUCUUGAGGUUUCUUGCUCGUUUUAGGGUCCAUUUUCUGCCGUCGGGAGCCAAUUCCAUACAGAAAGAUUGUAUGAGGAAUGAUGGCCAAGCAAGCAGAGUAAUGUGACAGCGGAUGUCAGAGAUGAGACGAGUGGAUUUUGAAGCGUUGAUCCUUUUUUGUAAGAGAAAUUUAUCUUGUGCCGUAGAGGUGUAUCACCCUCGCGC